AGCAGAGAGGACGCUGAGGGCCCAUGUGCUGAGCAUCCGAAGUGCCGCGGAAAGUGGAGAGCUGACAAGGAAGGUUUCUGAGCGUUUUGCUGGCAAAGGGAUUUCUUACAGCCUCCAGGCAUGCGUCUUUCUGCCCUGCUGGCCUUGGCAUCCAAGGUCACUCUGCCCCCCAAUUACCGCUAUGGGAUGAGCCCCCCAGGCUCCUUGGCAGACAAGAGGAAGAACCCCCCAUGGCUAAGGCGGCGCCCAGUGGUUGUGGAACCCAUCUCUGAUGAAGACUGGUAUCUGUUCCGUGGGGACACGGUGGAGAUCCUAGAAGGCAAGGAUGCUGGAAAGCAGGGCAAAGUGGUUCAAGUUAUCCGGCAGCGAAACUGGGUGGUCGUGGGAGGGCUGAACACACAUUACCGCUACAUUGGCAAGACCAUGGAUUACCGAGGAACCAUGAUCCCUAGUGAAGCCCCCUUGCUCCACCGCCAGGUCAAACUUGUGGAUCCUAUGGACAGGAAACCCACUGAGAUUGAGUGGAGAUAUACUGAAGCAGGAGAGCGGGUACGAGUCUCCACACGAUCAGGGAGAAUUAUCCCUAAACCCGAAUUUCCCAGAGCUGAUGGCAUCGUCCCUGAAACGUGGAUUGAUGGCCCCAAAGACACAUCAGUGGAAGAUGCUUUAGAAAGAACCUACGUGCCCCGUCUAAAGACACUACAGGAGGAGGUGAUGGAGGCCAUGGGGAUCAAGGAGACUCGGAAAUACAAGAAGGUCUAUUGGUAUUGAGCCCGGGGAGAGCAGCUCCUCCCCAACUUCUGUCCCAGCCUUGAAGGCUGAGGCACCUCUUUUUCAGAUGCCAAUAAAGAGCAGUUUAUGAGUC